AUGGGAAUCUUAGCGAUAAACAAGGAAAGAGAGAUCACAGUAAGCAUAAUGAGCUUCAAGAAAGAAAUAAAUUUCAAUGAUUUCUAUAAGCCUGAUCAGUUAGAUGAUGUUACUACUGAAGAAUCUACAAGCUGGAAGAGAAGGAAGGUGGGAAAUUUGAAGCUCCAAACUACAUUCUCAUUCAAAUGCCUAGUUUCAGAGAAUUCUGCUUCAAAACAGGAACUUGAGGACUUGUUCAAUAGACUAAAGCGCACAGUUUUGUUACCAAAACUAGAACCAAUGUUUUCUCCAAAGUCCUUUGCAGAGCUUGAUGCAGCUGCGGUAAAGCUACAGAAAGUUUACAAGAGUUACAGGACUAGAAGAAAUCUAGCAGAUUGUGCAGUUGUUUGCGAGGAGCUAUGGUGGAAGGCUUCAGUGUUGACUACUUUUAACAGGUUCUCUACAUCAUAUUUUGAGACUGAUAAAUCCGAUACAGCUAUUUCAAAAUGGGCAAGAGCUAGGAUGUUGGCUGCUGAGGUGGGAAAAGUUUUGUCCAAGGAUGAUAAGGCGCAGAAAUUAGCUCUAAGGCAUUGGCUUGAAGCUAUUGAUCCACGCCAUCGUUAUGGGCACAACUUGCAUUUCUACUAUGAUGUCUGGUUUCAUAGCCAGAGUCCUCAGCCUUUUUUCUACUGGUUGGAUGUUGGAGAUGGAAAAGAAGUAAAUCUUGAGACAAGUCCAAGAAGGGAAUUGCAGAGGCAGCGCAUAAAGUAUCUUGGACCCAAAGAGAGGGAAGCAUAUGAAGUGAUUGUGGAGGGGGGAAGGCUUAUUUAUAGACAAAGCAAGGACCUUGUACACACUACUGAGGGGUCCAAGUGGAUUUUUGUUCUUAGCUCAUCUAGAACUUUGUACAUUGGGCAGAAGAAGAAAGGCCAAUUUCAGCACUCCAGUUUUCUAGCUGGUGGUGCUACCAUUGCAUCCGGAAGAUUGGUUGCCCAUAAUGGAGUUCUUGAUGUUAUAUGGCCCUAUAGUGGUCAUUACCGUCCAACAGAGAAGAAUUUUAUGGAAUUCAUUUGCUUCUUGGAGGAACAUAAUGUGGAUAUGACAAAUGUAAAGAAAUAUCCAGUGGAUGAUGAUGUUCCACCUUCUAAACCUGUCGAUGAGGAGAUGCAGUUUGAGUACAUAGAAGGUAAUGUGGGUUCAAGUGACUCUGCCACUGCCAAUAACUAUGGUAAAAAAAAUAUGGGUCACUUUGGUAGCAAUGUGGAAGCUUCACUUAAAGAGAGUAAGCCAAUGUCAAGCAAGUGGACAACUGGAGUUGGUCCUAGGAUUGGUUGUGUGAGAGAGUACCCUACAAAAUUCCAACUUCAGGCACUUGAGCUUCUCAAUCUAUCACCUAGAGUUGUCAACCGUGGAACAUUUACAGGCAAACCACCCAUUCCCUCUCCGAGGCCUAGUCCAAAAGUUCAUGUGUCACCUGGGCUUGUAAACAUGGGACAUCAUAGCCCAAGGGUACAUGUUUCUCCUUUUUAG